CUGUGGCCGCAGAGGAAGAAAAGAAAGCCGCAGCUAGCUGCCGUAAAUAAACUAAAAGAAGCACAGCAGCUUUACGAGGAGAUAGCCAAACAGCUAUGAGAUGUCCGUCGCUGUGAGAGACUGUAAACAGAGAUAAAAUCAACACUGAAGACUCUUGGAGGUUUUUACAUAUGAAGACACAGAAUCCAGUCUAUCCAGGUUCAAGUAAAGAUGUAAAUAUGGAAGUGGAGCGACGGCAACCUAAACUUCAAUCCCAGCAGAGCCCUCCACGAAGGGCUCCAUACAACAGUUACAGCGAUGGCAAAGAGCCACAGCUUCGGUCACGUUCACCCGUUUAUCGGCGUGAUGCACGUGAGCCUCGGGACAUUCGUGAUGCACGUGAGCCUCGGGACCUCCGUGAUGGACGCGAGCCUCGGGACCUCCGUGAUGGACGCGAGCCUCGGGACAGUCGCGAUAGGAGGGACCCAGGGAGAGAGCCGAGGCCGAGUAGCCACUCUCGUGACCAUGAUAGCCGGUACCGUAGCUCAGUGAGCAGAGACAAAGACCUCAGAAGUGAACCACGGGAUCCUGCAUUCAGCAGAGAUGACCGAUACUACCGCAGUGGCAACGGUGCUGAAGACUACCGGAAGAAGGAUGAACCCUACAGGGACCCCUACAGAGAUCCCUGGAAUGGACGGCGUGAGGCAGAGGAUGACCGUACUCGACCAGAAGAGCGUCGGCGUAAUGAAUUGUAUCGACAGUACUAUGAAGAACUACAGCGGCGGUCCGACACUGACCGUCCUGUUGACUGCUCUGUGAUUGUCGUCAACAAGUCACAGAAGGAGUAUGCUGAGACGGUCGGGCGGAAAAUCCGAGAUUUGGGCAUGGUGGUGGAUCUGAUCUUCCUCAACACAGAGGUCUCACUAACCCAGGCACUGGAGGAUGUAGGUCGAGCCCGCACUCCCUUUGCCAUCAUCAUUACCCAACAGCACCAGGUCCACCGGUCCUGCACUGUCAACAUAUUGUUCGGCACACCACAAGAGCAUCGAAACAUGCCAAUGCAGGAUGCCAUGAUGCUGGUUGGCCACAACUACGAGGCCUACAAAGUUGAAAACCGUGAAAAGGAACGUGAAGAGAUUGCCCGUAAAGCUGCCAAGAUGGCGGAUGACGUGUUACUCAGGGAGGCUGACAGAGAGAGCCACCCCGUUUCUGUGCUUACCACCAUCACACUGCUGUCUGAAAACAGAUUUGUAACCCCAGAUGAACUGGAUAGUCUCAUUGCGUACUUGAGCGACAAAAGAGCCCGGCUACUACGAAGCACAGCAGAACCUCUUGCAGACUUGGAGGUUUUGACAUAUGAAGACACAUAAUCCAGCGCAUCGAGGUUCAAGUUAAGCAGUAAUGAUCCUCGAGAUUUGGAGAGAAGGAUUUUUGUUGGGAAUUUGCCGACUUCUGACAUGGAAAAGAAGGAUCUGGAAGACCUGUUCAGCCCAUACGGGAAGAUAAUCGGCGUAUCCAUGUUUCGUGGGUUUGGAUUUGUACAAUUUGAACGCAUUGAGGAAGCCGAAGCUGCAAAGGCGGCCCAAAAGGGUCGAAUAUAUAAAAGUUAUAAAAUAGAUGUAAAUAUGGCAAUGGAGCGACGGCAUCCUAAACCUCAAACCCAGCAGAGCCCUCCACGAAGGGCUCUAUACAGCAGUUAUAGUGACAGCAAAGAGCCCCGGCCACGGUCACGUUCACCAGUUUAUGGACGAGAUGCACGUGAGCCUCGGGACAGCCGUGAUGGACGUGAGCCACGGGACAGUCGUGAUCGGAUGGACCCGGGUAGAGAGCCUAGGCCAAGUGGCCACUCUCGUGACCAUGAUAGCCGGUACCUUAGCUCAGUGAGCAGAGACAAAGACCUCAGAAGUGAACCACGGGAUCCUGCAUUCAGAGGGGAUGACUAUGACCGAUUUUACCGCAGUGGCAGCGGUGCUGAAGACUACUACCGAAGGAAGGAUGAACCCUACAGGGACCCUUACAGAGAUCCCUGGAACGGACGUCGUGAGGCAGAGGCUGCAGAUGACCGCACUCGACCAGAAGAGCGUCGGCGUAAUGAAUUGUAUCGACAGUACUAUGAAGAACUACAGCGGCGGUCCGACACUGACCGUCCUGUUGACUGCUCUGUGAUUGUCGUCAACAAGGCGCAGAAGGAGUAUGCUGAGACGGUCGGGCGGAAAGUCCGUGAUUUGGGCAUGGUGGUGGAUCUGAUCUUCCUUAACACAGAGGUCUCACUAACCCAGGCACUGGAGGAUGUUGGUCGAGCCCGCACUCCCUUUGCCAUCAUCAUUACCCAACAGCACCAGGUCCACCGGUCCUGCACUGUCAACAUAUUGUUCGGCACACCACAAGAGCAUCGAAACAUGCCAAUGCAGGAUGCCAUGAUGCUGGUUGCCCUCAACUACGAGGCCUACAAAGUUGAAAACCGUGAAAAGGAACGUGAAGAGAUUGCCCGUAAAGCUGCCAAGAUGGCGGAUGACGUGUUACUCAGGGAGGCUGACAGAGAGAGCCACCCCGUUUCUGUGCUUACCACCAUCACACUGCUGUCUGAAAACAGAUUUGUAACCCCAGAUGAACUGGAUGGUCUCAUCGCAUACCUGAAGGACAAAAGAGUCCGGCUGCUCCGAAACACAGCAGAUCCUCUAGCAUCUUCAGGUCAUGUUUCAGCUCCUGCAGCAGUACACUCAAACAUUCCAGCCUCAGCUGCCGGACUGCCUCCUCCAUCCCAUCCUACUCACGCACCCCCACAGUCCAGCCACCUCGGCCUGUCAGCUGCUUCAAGUGCCUCAGCUAACUCCAGCCACCAGCAGGAGCUGCAGGCUAAAAUCCUCAGCCUGUUCAACAGUGGCUCCGGGGCUUCAGCAAGCGUUGGAAUGCCUGCCACCUCCCAGCCUCAGGCCUACAGCUCCCUUGGUCCAUCCCUUUCCCAGAACCCAUCACACCAAUCGAUGUCUGGUCCUUCUCCAUCUGCAUCCCAGGGUUAUGGCACCCCACCAAGCCGCAUGUCAGUCACCCCAGGUGGUCAGAGACCCCCCAGCUCUACUGCAGGUAUCAAUUUUGACAACCCUAGUGUGCAGAAAGCUCUGGACACCAUCAUUCAGAGUGGACCAUCUCUCAGCCACCUGGUAGGCGCUGGUGCCUCUCAGCAGCCACCGCCUGGCAUGGGCCAGGUCCCACCUAUGUCCAUGUACCCCCGACAUUACUGAUGAGUUGUAGUGAGUUUAUUACUUCUUCUAACGUAAGAUCCACCUCUUCCUCUGACACAAAUAGACACAUCAUUUCUCCGUGCAGUGAAUUUACCAGCUGUGUAGACUGUGAGAAUGUUUUGUAAAAACUUUUUAUUUCCUUUUGGCUAUUAUGUUCAGUCAACUAAAUUUGAUUGCUCGUUCUAAAGAAUUUCCGAUUAUUGGUCAGAAGAUAAUGAUCAUAGUUAAAGCAUGAAGUGUGUCAAGUGUAUUUUGGUUUUGUUUUAUUGUUUCUUUUUAAUUUGUAACAUUUCCAUUGUCAAGACGAUUAAAAACCCAAGACACAAUGGUUGUAAUAAAA